AUUCUUUCUUCUUCCCAGACACUCAUUCAAUCGUUCAGAAGCCUUUACACAAAUAUUGUCGCAUUUGCAUCCGCUUUCAUGUUGGUACUGCUUCUUCUGUUCGACAUGUCUAAAUCAGUCUCAUUGAGCUAGCGAGCGCUAUCUCAAAUCCUCAGCCUUGUUGCAUAGAAGUAUUGCAAUCCGCAAAAGGACACCUCAUAAGACAGUGUUUGAAAACUCGUUGUUACAAUGAGCUGGCCACCUUGGGAAACUCUCCAUAAUUGGAGUCCGUUCCAGAUAGACGCUCUUGGUUUAGUCACCUUCCUUGGAGCAGAAGAAGUCAACUCUGCGGUUGGAAGGUUGGUACCCAGCUCCUACCUUGAGUAUCUGCCCUUGCUCGGUGCAUUCGUCAUUGCCGGCAAUCGAUUCCAGGAGAAGGCUGCCGGUUUCAAUCUCUACAACAUCUCUCAUGGAAUUCAUACCACUGAUCUCGCUGCAUGGCUGACUCGGUGGAUGCUUUCCCAAAACUUUGAGAGCACGCGAAGUUUUGUGCAAUGGACUGUCACGCCGCCGAAAUCACACUGGACAGGGAAUGUCUCUGCUUUAAUCAUCGGUUUCAUCUUCAACGGCAUUCUGGUUGCCAUGACAGUGUUGUCCCGUGAUUGGUACGGAUUGACCAACGCCCUGUCCAUGAUUAUUUCAGUCAUCAUCCGCGCUUAUGUGAUCGGCCAGAACCGUCUGGCUAUCGAUGAUAUGGUGAACAAAGUUGUGGAUGCCAGUCAAGUGGAUGAAGAUUCCUACGAAGAGAAACGUCGGAAAUACCUCCGCGAUAAAGCACUCAGGAAGCUUGCACAAUCGAAGGAUUUACGCACAUUAUCGAAACUCGGAAAGGACUCGCCCACACCAGCUGGAAGUAUUCAUAAAAACGCAUCCCCAUCAUCAAUUUCCCAAGCACCACCCGCCAUAUCCACGAAGUCGCAGGUGAUAAAAACACGCACUGGACUUCAUGAUCUCAAGCUCCCAAAGUUCCCAAAGCCAAAGCCCAAGAACUUCCCGGGCGAUGUAUGGCCUACCAAUGAUCCAGAAAGGCUUAAUAAGACCUUGAGCAAAGUCCUCAUCGUCCAAUCCGACUCAAAGGCCAUUACUUUCUGGAUGCCAAACGCGCUUCUACGGCCGCCGUCGGUUUUCAUCCAAGGACCAAUUCUGUUACAUCCUCGCAGAUAUCUAGUAGUGAGGACCCUCGGGUGGCUUGUAUUUGCUGUACACAUCGUUGCUAUAGGAAUGGCGAAUUUGGCCAGUCAGCUAUACACCGUCGUCCUCCUCGUUCUCCCAACACUUCUCUUUUCUCUCAAGUACGGAUGCGACGAUUCAAAAUGGAAGCACACCAUAGAGCGCUGGCGACUCACACUGUACAGGUGGGGUCCGGGUGAUGUCAACCCGAAGGUUGACCCCGAAAGCGGCGACAGAAACGAGUUCAAAAGCCUUCGAUUCUGCUACAUAGGAUCACGCCUCAGAGCCGAGAUCUUCGAAUGGCCUGAGUCAUACGAGUUCGUUGAAAAAGAAAACCAGCAUGAUGAGAACCGGGUUGAGUGGACCAAUCGCGCCAUCGAGCCUAACGAGGCUCGUGAGCGCUCAACCAAACGGCAAGAGCUCUAUGCCUGGUUGGCAUUGACUACGGACGAAGAAGAAAGCAUGGAUAAGUGGGAUCUGUUCCCCCAUACUCGGGACAACAACGAAGAUUGGUGGAAAGAAUACCAAUCAAAGAAAUGGGCACUCACAAGCAACCCAACAUUUGGCCCUCAGAGAGCUCCCGACGAACUCGACUCGGCUGCUGCUCAAAUUGAUGAGGAUGACCCUCAGAGACGAAUGUUGCGAAGAAGAGGCAAGACUGGCACUGAACAGCUUGGUGAUCUCACAGUCCGAAAGAACCGUGACGAGCCGUCAAUACGCAGGUCCGGUGUCAUCUUUUCAGCUGCGUUCCCUGCGACCAACGAUCACCUGACUACCAUGCAAGCAGCAACAGAUGCUGCUCAACAAGCAUCAUCCACGCGGCAGAAAAACGGCGUUGCAGAAGGAUAAUGUCCCCACAUCCAUCAAUGCCGACUUCUAAGACGGCCAUGCCGCAGUUUGAGCGAUUUCGGAGGCACAGUAUUAAUGCUGUUUCGCGAAUGCAUUUGACAUCUGAAUUAGCGAGUCAUGCAAAGCAUGUUUCAUUUUCGGGAAUGGUGCGGGAUUUUUAUUUUAUAGAGCGUUUGAUUUGCCAUAGUCAGGAGUUUUAUACCAUUGUACGAGGACGAUGACGAGCAAGAUGACGAGGACGACAGAACAUGAAGAUACGAAAGAUCAGCCUUGGAAACCUGGGGAAAAGAUUAUGGAUGACAUAAGCAAAUAUCUUUAGCCAAUCACA